GGAGAGGGGGAGGGAGUGUAAGAGGAGGGAGCCGAGCUGUGCCGAAAAAGUAGAGGCAUAUUUCUUAGUCAGGCAGGAGAGGGCGGCAUGGCAUGGGGCGGGAAGGCAUGGGGGGAGGGGCAGCAUGGGGCACCCUCCCCUCUUGGCACUGUGCCGCGCGUUGCCCGACAUCCCCUCCCCUCGCUUCCCCCCCUCCCGACCGCGACCCCAUGGCAGGGCCGCUUCUUGUUUGCCUUAGCGGCGGGGCGAGGCGGGGCGGGCCAGAGGUCACGCCGCGGCCCCGCGUGCCCCCGGCGGGUCAGCGGGCGUGGGCACGGAUGGGCAUGCGUGGGCGUGGCGGCGCGGGCGGCCACCCAGGCGCGGCGCGGGGCCGUAAUGGUUUUAUUACCAGCGCCGCUAAUGACAACAUUGGCAGAGGCUGUGGUAACAUUUGCUUUGAGCCGCGGCGGCCGGCUUCCUCAGCGGCCGGGCGCGCCGCACGCCCGCGCGGCGGCCAAUCAGCGGCGGGAACGCGCGGCGGAACACGCCCACCCGUGGCCUGUCCUCCCAGUGGCCAUCGAUUCCGUGAGGCGGACCAAUGACACGGCGGCGGCGCGCGUGGCGGGCGGGGGCGGGGCGGCAUAGAGCACCGCGGCCUUCCGAGAAGCGGCGCGCGGCGUCAGUGAAACACGAUAUCCCGGCGGUGAGCGUCGCCGCAGCGCCUCUGCCACUCCUCACGCCGAGCACCGCGGGCGGGACACGCGCCACACGCCGCCGCGCCCACACGCUCCCGCGCGCCGCGCCGCGCCGCCCAUGCUGACGCAGCGAGGCCGGCGGCCGCGUCCCAGCGAAGCCCCGAGAGAGUGCCGGGUGUGAAGCGACGCCCGCGAGGCCGAGUGGCGCCAGCAUGCCGCGGCCCAGUCGGGAGAGCUACGGCGAGCAGAAGCCGCCCUACUCGUACAUCUCGCUCACCGCCAUGGCCAUCUGGAACAGCGCCGAGAAGAUGUGCACGCUGGCGGAGAUCUACAAGUUCAUCAUGGACAACUUCCCCUACUACCGCAAGAACACGCAGCGCUGGCAGAACUCCCUGCGGCACAACCUCUCCUUCAACGACUGCUUCAUCAAGAUCCCGCGGCGCCCAGACAGGCCGGGCAAGGGCGCCUACUGGACGCUGCACCCGUCCGCCAUGAACAUGUUCGAGAACGGCAGCUUCCUCAGGCGCAGGAAGCGGUUCAAGAUCCCCAAGCCGGAGAAGGUGGCGCUGGAGGCCGGCCUGGCGCAGCUGCACGGCCGCCCUGUCGACCCGCUGGAGGCGCCGCGCCUGACGGAGGCCACGGCGUGCCCCGAGGCGGCGCCGCACAACAAGCAGCCCUUCACCAUCGAGAGCCUCGCCGCCUCGGACGCCAAGCCGCCCACCCUGACGGCGCCCACGCCCAUGUACCCGCCGCACAUGACCCACCUCAACGCCCACCUGGCGGGCCUGCGAGGGGCGGGGGCCUUCCCCGGUCGCAGCCUCGGGUUUGGGCCGCUGGGCCACGCAGGGCUGCUGCCGCCCCUGGAGGCCGCCCACCCCACGUCGCUGCCGUGCUCGCUGGGCGCCGCCUUCACCUCGUCGCUCAGUAAUUCGCUGGGCGGACCGCUGGCGGCCUCGCUGGGCGGCUCCCUCGGGGGCCUGGGCGGCCUGGGCGGCCUGGGCCCCGCCAUGGGCCACCUCGGGGGGGCGGUGCCCACCAGCCUGGCCACCUCCCUGCAGCAGCUGUACAGUGCUGCCCUGGCCACCAUGCCCGCCCUGCACACACCCUCCCCCCUGCAGAGGCUACCGCCGCCCUCGCUGCCCCUGCCCGUCCCCCUGCGGCCCACGCCCCUGCCGCCCGCACUCUUCCACGCCCUGCCGCCCACCAGCCUGCCGGGCCUCCCGUCGCUGGGCUUCUUCCACCCCAAGGUGCGCUGCCCCGCCCCGCCCCUCGUGACGGAGGAGUCCCCAGCGGAGGAGAACAUGGAGGCGCCGCCCCCGGAGGACAAGCUGCCGGCCUCUGCCCCGCCCGCGCUGAGGCCACCCGCCCCCACCACCCCUCCCGCGGGGAGUGUCGCCCCCUCCCCUCACGGGCGGGUCAUCUGACAGUA